AUGAUCAUGAACAACGCAUUCUCGCGCUUCUUCAAGUUGUGCAACGUCUUCUUCUCCUUGCAUCACAAGGAGGAGGGUGAUAGCCUAACGUUCCACUUCCCCACAAAGAAGGAGCUUAUGUACCAAGCGGUUCGGCACAACUAUCCGGAGAUGGGCGACAGUAUCCUUGUCGCCCGAGGUCAUCCCCAGCCCUUCUGUGGUUUCGCUCAUGGCCGUCGGCAGAAGGAGCCAGGCCUUGUGUCGAUUUCCUUGACCCUGGCAGUGCCCACUGUUGCUGACUGGGUUUCCGUGCCGAUUCAAAGCGUGAUCACCUCGGCCAGAGCACUGAUGCUCUGGCACAUAAACCAUCCGGGCAUGGAGGAGAUGAGGCGCCUGGAUCAGCAGUUCUACGUCGUCCUUACCAUCCACAGUUGGCCAAGGGGGCGACCGUUUGUGCCAGUGUCGGAGCAGAGUGCCGAGGACGUGGAGGAAGUGACGACCAUCGAUGCGGGACGAAGACAUGGGCUGGCGUAUUGGUGCCGCUACCAGCCCCGCAUGGUUGGCAGCAGCAGCUUCCUUCUCUCGGACUAUUUGAUGCUCUUCUUGGAAAGACUUGGUGAGCAUGUGGACAUGCACCAGUCCCUGGAUGGGCAAGAGCUACAGCACUACCAGUGCGCAGUUCCAGACCAUGAGUGGCAGCGUGUGAAGGAUCGCUUCUACAAUGCUUACAUGCUGCAGAAGUCGGCGUAUCGACGUGCGAACGGGGGUCAAACGGCACCAGGCAUGAGUGAGCAUGCAGAGCCCCGCUUUCGCACAGACAGGGGCCUCCGCAUGCAGCAGCCUCUGUACAGGGCGGUGCCGACUCCCCCAAGAGCCCCGGCGCUAGUGAUUCACAACACCUUCCUGGAGUUGGAGGAACCGGAGGAGUUGGGAACUGGUGCGUUCACGAGAACCCUAUCGAGAUCAGCCUCACCUCGCACCUUUCACAAUAACUUGAUCCUUGUGACCUAG